CUGUUUUACGUUAAAAAAAGUAAAAAUCACUAUUUUCUUUUAAAAAUACUUUUCUUUCGUUUCUCCUUCAACCAUGGUUUGUUCUUACCGUUUUUGGUUUUGCGAAAUAAAAAAAAAAGUUUUAUCCUUUAUUCUGAUAUAAAAAGAGCAGUUAAAAAUACAUUAAAAAUAUUUUAGUUUUUGCUCUUUAUUUUUAAUUUAAAAAAAAAACACAUAUAAAUACAUUAAAAAAAUCAGACAUAGAUAGAGGAACGACUUAACAUAGGUGUGGCGGAAAAAUAAAGGGAAAAUGGAUUUUAGAUUGUUUUACGUAAUAGUUUUAACGGUUUUCUUUUUUGUUUGUGGUACAAUCUGUGAUAAAACUGAUAGCAAAAUUUUAUUGAAAUUUAAAAAAUCUUUAAAUAAUAGUUAUAUUAAUAGUAAUAUAAAAAUAGUUAAUGAAGUAACUUCAAUGGUUACAAAUUACGAAAAAUUAAAUGAAGAGGAAUUGGAUUUGAUAAAAUUAGAUAAAAUUAAGUUAAGGAAAAUCAGUAACGGAACUAAGAAUAUAUCUAAUUACAAAAUUGAUGAUAUUCUGAUGAUGGGGAUUGAUAAUUAUGAUAAGGAUUUGUUGAUAGAGCCGGAAGGUUUCCUCGGGAGCACUGAAACUAAUGAAGGAAAACCUGAAAAUUAUGAGUUAAAAGAGGUAUUGAAAAAAGAACCAAAAGCAAAUAAAUUACCUUCGUUUUUACGUGAUUUAACAAAAAUACAGUCAAAUUCAAAGGAUAUUAAGAACGACCCUAGAAAAAAUUUCCUUUAUAAUAAAAAUAUAAUAACCGAUUCAACACUGCCAAAGCAGCAUCUUUUUUAUCCAAAUAUUAAUAAUUACAAUAAGAGGGAAAGCAAAUUUAAAGAAAAUAUGGCAGAAGGGUUGUUGAUGCCAAAAACAAAAGUGAUGGAGGCAAAAAGGACCGAAAAAAAGAAAAAAAAUAUAUACCGAAAAACAAAAGAAAUUUUACCAUUAACACAAGAUGAAGAUAAUAAAGGAGUACAGCAGAAAGAUAAGUUACAACAAAAGAGAAAGUUUUCAAGGAUCAAAAAGAGUCGCAGGCAACCCUUAUCACCAAAAACAUUAGCUAAAGAAGAAAUUAAACCAAUUAAAAUUUUUAAAAGCGAACGUCUUAAACAUUACGAAAAUUAUUCAAAGUUAAAAAAAAGAUUUGGAAAUGUAAGAAGGGAAAUUUUAAUCAAUGUGAAUGCAUCAACAAUAACGUCUAAAAGUAGACAAGAAAGAGCUGUGAUGCCACGUAAAGAACGAAUAUGGGACUACGGUGUCAUUCCAUAUGAAAUAGAUAAUAUUUUUAGUGGAAAUCAUAAAGCUAUAUUUAAACAAGCAAUGAGACACUGGGAAAAUUAUACAUGUAUAAAAUUUGUUGAACGUGAUCCUGCAUACCACAAUAAUUAUAUUUAUUUUACAAUAAAAAAUUGCGGAUGCUGUUCCUUUGUUGGAAAACGUGGAAACGGAAGACAAGCUAUUUCGAUCGGUACCAAUUGUGACAAAUUUGGUAUCGUAGUUCAUGAAUUAGGACAUGUUAUUGGAUUUUGGCAUGAACAUACUCGAAUUGAUCGUGACCAGUAUAUACAAAUCAAUCGAGCGAAUAUUCUUCAAGGGCAAGAAUAUAAUUUUAACGUAUUGGAUCCCGAAGAUGUUGAUUCAUUGGGACUACCCUAUGAUUAUAACUCAAUAAUGCAUUACGCUAGAAACACAUUUUCAAAAAGCAUUUACUUGGAUACCAUAACACCCAUAAUUCCAAAAGGUCAACAACGGCCAGAAAUCGGGCAACGUAUUCGUCUAAGUCAAGGUGAUAUUGCUCAAGCUAAUUUAUUAUACAAGUGUGCAAAAUGUGGCCGAACCUUUCAAACACUUAAAGGAAAAAUUAUUUCCCCUGGGUAUAUUUUAGGUGCUAAUAGAGUUAUAAAUGGUACUUUAAAUAAUGAUGACAUGAUUGAACGAUGCGAGUGGAGAAUUACGGCAACCCAUGGUGAAAGUAUAACUUUACGAAUUCGUGAACUACAAAUAUUCACAAAUGAUACCGCUGGUAAUUGUAAAGAUAAUUUUUUGGAAAUUCGAGAUGGAUAUUGGUUAAAAUCGCCACUAAUCGCAAGAACUUGUGGAAAUAAAAUCGACAAAAGGUUGGCAGGUGGAAUUCGCUCAAAGUCUAGUCGAAUGCUAAUUACUUAUGUAAAUAGCAUGUUACCCAAAGGAUUCAAAGGAUUCAUUGCUGAAUUUGAAGUAACUUGCGGUGGGACCUUUUAUAUAAAUGACAGUCAACGUAUCGAUUCCCCGAAUUAUCCCUCAGAGUAUUUGCCAGAUAAAGAAUGUAUUUGGAGAAUAAUAGUUCCGGAUAAAUAUGAAGUUGCACUUCAAUUUCAAACUUUUGAAAUUGAAAAUCAUGAUAAUUGUAUUUAUGAUUAUGUUGAAAUACGUGAUGGUAAUACAGCUGAUUCUGAAUUGAUAGGAGUGUUUUGUGGACAUAAAAUACCACCUACUAUAAAGACAAACUCAAAUGAAAUGUAUGUGAAAUUUAUCUCGGACUCAACUGUGCAAAAAGUUGGUUUUUCCGGUAUAUUUAUGAAGGAAGUCGAUGAAUGUAAACUGCGGAAGCAUGACUGUCAACAUGAGUGCGUGAAUACGUUAGGAAGUUAUGAAUGCAUUUGUAAAGCUGGUUAUGAAUUGGAGUUAGACGGAAAGUCGUGUGGCGAUGCAUGCGGUGGAAGAAUUAAUGCAUCAAUGAAAAGUAAAUUAAAAUUGGCUUCCCCAUCAUUCCCACACGUAUAUCCGAUUUUAAAAAACUGUAUUUGGGAAAUAGUAGCUGAAGAAAAUCAUAAUGUUUUCUUAAAUUUUACACAUUUUGAUAUGGAAGGCUCUAAAUAUCAGUUCAAAGAAUGCAGCUAUGAUUAUUUAAAUAUUUAUUCAAAGCUAAAAGAUAACAGAUUGAGGCUCAUUGGAACAUUUUGUGGUACUGAACUACCACCCUUGAUUCAAUCAGAGAACAAUAUCUUAAGGGUUGAGUUUCAUUCAGAUAAAUCAAUUCAACACACAGGUUUCCUGGCAGAAAUAAAAACGGAUUACGACGAAUGUGCCAAAGGAAAUGGUAAAUGUCAACAUAAUUGUAUUAAUACAUAUGGAUCUUAUAAAUGUUCUUGCCGAAUUGGAUACAGUCUGCAUGAAAAUGGAUUUAAUUGCAGUGAAACAAAUUGUAAAUUUGAGGUGACGUCAUCAUAUGGUGUUGUUCACAGCCCAAAUUAUCCAAAUAAUUACCCAAAAAAUUUAUAUUGUUACUGGCAUUUCUCAACAGUACCUGGUCAUCGCAUAUUACUUUCAUUUCAUGAUUUUGAAAUAGAAAAUCAUCAAGAAUGUAUUUAUGAUUCUUUAACUUUAUAUGAUGGAAAAAAUGAAAACAGUUCGACGCUAGGAAGUUACUGUGGUGAAAAACAACCAUAUACGGUGGUAGCAUCAACUAAUGAAUUAUACAUGGUUUUGAAAACAGAUUCUGGUCUUCAAAAGAAAGGAUUUAUGGCAACACAUACAAUAGAAUGUGGCGGGUAUUUACGUGCAACAAACGAAACAAAACAUUUUUAUUCACACGCCAAGUUCGGGCAUCGACCUUAUAAAAAAAAUGUUUAUUGCGUAUGGAGAAUACAAGCGAAUUCUGAGAGUAGUGUUAAAUUAAGCUUUGUUAGUUUUUCAAUUGAAUAUGAAGGAAAAUGUGGUUAUGAUUAUGUGGAAGUAAGUGAAGAUAGCAAUCAGUCAAGAAAAUCAUCACAUGGAAAAUUUUGUGGUAAUUUUAAACCUCCUAAAAUUACAUCUCAUUCAGAUAGUUUGAUUGUGAAAUUUGAAACAGACAAUUCCACGUCAUUAAAAGGAUUCGCAGCGUCGUAUGUAGCUGUUGAACCGCCAGGAGGUCAAGAUACAGAAUAUGAAAAAAAUACCAGCUACAGUUAAACCAAAAAAGAAUCACAUUAAAAGGAAAAAAAAGACGAUUUUACAGAAUUGAAAUCAAAAAAUUAAUCAAAUUUGAAAGACUUUGAGAUUAUUUUUUAAAUAAAUCGAAAGUAGUAG